AUGUUUGCAACGAAUAAGGUAGCCGUCACGUUUCCUGUUUGUAACCGAAAACGUCUAAAGACGAUAAAAAUAGCACAACUCUGGUGCACUUCUUGUUGAACAUGCUCACGUACAGGUGAAAGGUUUUAUCAGACAAGGCUUUAUCGGACAUUUGACCCUAAAAAAACAGGAUGCCAGAUCCAUGCAUACCUGCAUAUGUGGCUAUUUGUCUGACAUCUAUUGCACUGCUGAUAUCUGUGUCUAUAAAUGUUGCAUUCUAUUUAUUAAGAAGAAAGGAAAAAAACUCAGCAGCUAAUGAAAACAUGUUUGAAUAUGGAGAAGAGCCAUUACGUCGAGAUUCACUUCAGUCUUACAGGUUUGAAGAUGACGAAAUGGAAAGACAGGAAAAUCCUAUAUAUGGGAAUAUCUGUAUAGAUGGAGGCGGAGCUUUCGAAAUGUCUCCGGAGGUGUGCUAUGAACAAAUGGCACAGGCAAGCACAGUAAAGCAGGGAUUAAAGGUCCAGCAGGGGGAUGUGUCCUACGCCUCUCUUGAUCUGACUGUCAAUAAGAAGCGUAAGAAAAAGAGAAAAUAUCAAAAACAGGCUCAGGCUCACCAAGCCCAGACGCAUCCUCAACCCGCAUCCCAGCAGAAUUACAUGGACCAUGAUAACGAGGCUGAUGUCACCCUCCCGUCCCGGAGCAGCAGCCUCAUGGUUUCACGUCACAGUAUCUACCUCAACAGUCAUCAAGUAGCCCUGGAGGCAGAAGAGAGGGAGAGAGAAAAAAUGAUGGAAAUGGAAAGAAAUGAAAAUGCAGAGAGGGAGUUUGAGAUGCACAGAAAUUUGCACGAAGGCUUUGAUCACUCCCUCGGUAGAUCAAGACAAAGUCUAAAACAGGACAGUUAA